CAGUCUCCCCCUUUCUUCCAACUCUCUCUCUAAUGUCUCAUCGCCUGAAAAUGCCAUGUUUUCAUACCUAAAGCUCUGUUCUCACUUCUCAUAAACCUAACAUUUAACACCCGAAUUGCACUUCUUCAUAAUGGGUAGCUGCUUCAGCACUAUCUUUAAGCCCACCGCCUCUGCUCCUCCACCUCCUCCUUCAAACCACCAACGCUUAUCCGAUGUCAGAUCCGACAUUCCUUACCAAGCCGAAUCCACCGCGCCUCCUCUGCCUCCAGAAGAGGAGUCGGUAAAGGAAGUUCUAUCCGAAACUCCACUUCCAAAGUCUCAGACUCAGAUCCCAAAGAUUGAAUCACCCCAAGACAAUAAACGGGUAAACUGGCCGCCGGCGAUAGAGAAGGUGGUUCCCAAACCAACCAUCGUCCCUUCUCCGGCAGAGGAGACGUCUGAAAUGUCAGAUCUUUGUAGCGUGAGUGAAAGCGUCUCCGCAAUGUCGACAGCCACGGCCACUGAAGAAGGUGAGGUGCGGCAACGGUCGCCGGCGAAGUUCCGUAACCGGCUGGUCGCGGGUCAGAGGAAUAAUGCAGUUGGUAAGUCGCCUAUGAGAAGGUCAACCCAGCCGUCUCCAGGUCGUGUUCAGACUGGCGUCCGUGACCGGCAGAAAAGAGAUUUGGGGGAGAUUUCAGGUAGAAGGUCGAGAUCGCCGGCAACCCGCGUUGCCGGAGGCGACGGUGUCGUCGGAGGAGGUAGGAAGCCUGGUCUGAGCCGGAGUCCGUCGGGCAGGAGGGCCGGUAAAUCUCCCGGUCGGGCAAGAUCCGACCCGGAGAAAUGCCCGAAACAGGAGGAGCCCGCUAACAACGAAGACAAAUGGCCACCGACGGUGAAGGAGUCACUGGAAAACCCGCUUGUGUCCUUGGAAUGUUUCAUUUUUCUUUAGACAGCACUGUAAUUUUCUAGAAACUGACAGGGUCAAUUUCGGAAGUCUGACAAGCCCCAAAGAUUAAAAAAUAAUCUUGGAGCAUGCGUUUCGUGUUAUGUUUCAUUGGGACCAUGAGCUUAGAUUGAUUGAAAGUCAAACCUAAACUACUUGAGAUGGCAUGGUCAUCUUCUGUUCAAUAAUCUCUAAAUUACCCUCAUUUUUAUUAAU